UCACGUUUAUAUUCAUGUUUUGUUCUUUGAUGAAGGGAUACUUGUGUGACACAACACUGCAUCUCACUUAAAACAAACUUCACUAUAUUUUCACAACGAUGGCAGACCGUGGAGUGGAUUUUACUGCUUUACCGAAAGAGGUCAGAGACCAAUUGGCGGAAUUGGAUCUUGAGCUAUCAGAAGGUGACAUCACCCAAAAAGGAUAUGAGAAGAAGAAGGCCAAGCUCCUGGCCCCAUACGUCCCACAGAUACAGAAUGUGGACCCUGGUCUACAGUUACCUCCGGGCUCAGGCACAAACCCCUCCCCAAAUUCAGAGACCACACCCACCCCAGCCCCACGUCACCACCGCACCCACCGCAGCGGAGGGGCACGAGAUGACCGUUACAGAUCAGACAUCCACACAGAAGCAGUGAAGGCAGCUCUGGCCAAACACAAAGAGGAGAAGAUGGCACUGCCCAUGCCAACCAAACGUCGUUCUGCCUUUGUUCAGUCUGCCAUGGAUAACUGUACCCCUCCCGACACGUCGUCUGCGUCAGAAGACGAAGGCUCUCUGCGCAGACAGGCUGCAUUAAGUGCCAUGCUGGCCCAGAGUCUGCAGAGCUCUGAAUACUGGAUCAACCGUUCCCACCAGAGCUCCUCCACCUCCUCCUCCGCCUCCUCCACACUCUCCCACGGAGAGAGCAAGAGUCAGAACCAGAACCAGACCCAGAAUCAGCCCAGCGCCCUGGCUGAUGUGCUAGCACACACACGCAUAGAGAACAGCGUUCCUCCUGACGUCACGUCCGUCACGCCCCAGGACCGCGGGCCUCGUGUGGACCUGCCAGCCAGCGCCGUGGUCCGGGGCAUGAGCCGCGGUCAGAGCCGAUCCAGCAUGUUAGACACGGCAGACGGGGUCCCGGCUCACAGCAGGGUGUCGACCAAAAUCCAGCAGCUGCUCAACACUCUGAAGAGACCCAAGAGACCACCGCUCAGCGAGUUUUUCCUGGACGACGCUGAAGAGAUUGUGGAAGUGCCUCAGCCUGAUCCAAACACGCCCAAGCCUGAGGGCCGGCAAAUGGUUCCUGUGAAGGGUGAGCCCCUAGGGGUGGUGAGUAACUGGCCCCCGGCCCUGCAGGCGGCCCUGGCCCGGUGGGGGGCCACGCAGGCCAAGAGUCCGGCUCUGACCGCACUGGACAUCACUGGAAAGCCACUCUAUACUCUCACCUAUGGUAAACUGUGGACCAGGAGUCUGAAGCUGGCCUACACUCUCUUAAACAAACUGGGCACCAAGAACGAACCGGUACUUAAACCUGGGGAUCGGGUGGCGCUAGUCUACCCCAACAGUGACCCCGGAAUGUUCUGGGUGGCCUUUUAUGGCUGUCUGCUCGCUGAAGUCAUUCCUGUACCUAUAGAGGUGCCACUUUCCCGAAAGGACGCGGGGAGUCAACAGAUCGGCUUCUUACUGGGCAGCUGUGGAGUAAGCCUGGCCCUCACCAGUGAAGUCUGCCUUAAAGGACUUCCCAAAACACAGACCGGAGAAAUCGCUCAGUUCAAAGGGUGGCCGCGGCUUAAAUGGGUCGUGACUGAUAGUAAGUACCUCACGAAACCAUCCAAGGACUGGCAGCCACACAUCCCCACAGCAAAUACAGAUACAGCUUAUAUAGAGUAUAAAGCGAGUAAGGAGGGCACGGUGAUGGGCGUGGCCGUGUCGAAGAUCUCCAUGCUGACCCACUGCCAGGCUCUGACACAGGCCUGUAAUUACUGUGAAGGAGAAACACUGGUCAAUGUCCUGGAUUUCAAGAAAGACAUGGGUUUGUGGCACGGCGUUUUAACAAGUGUCAUGAACAGGAUUCACACCAUUAGCGUGCCGUAUGCCGUCAUGAAGGCCAGUCCUCUGUCCUGGGUACAGAGAGUCCACACCCAUAAAGCUCGUGUGGCUCUGGUGAAAUGUCGUGACCUUCACUGGGCCAUGAUGGCCCAUAAAGAGCAAAAGGACAUAAACCUGUCCUCCCUGCGUAUGCUGAUUGUGGCUGAUGGUGCUAAUCCCUGGUCUGUGUCGUCAUGCGAUGCCUUCCUGAACGUGUUCCAGGCUCAUGGUUUGAAGCCUGAGGUGAUCUGUCCGUGUGCCUCCUCUCCUGAGGCUCUGACUGUGGCUAUACGCAGGCCUGGGGUGCGUGGUGCUCCUCUCCCUGCAAGGGCCAUCCUGUCCAUGGCAGGGCUGAGUCAUGGAGUCAUUCGUGUCAAUACAGAGGAUAAGAACUCUGCUCUCACUGUGCAGGACGUCGGUCACGUUAUGCCUGGAGCACUGAUGUGUAUAGUGAAACCAGAUGGGCCACCCAUGCUGUGUAAAACUGAUGAGAUUGGAGAAAUCGUGUUACACUCUCGUGCUGGGGGCACCAUGUAUUAUGGUCUACCAGGGGUCACCAAGAACACGUUUGAGGUCAUCCCAGUGAACUCGAGUGGCACUCCUAUCGGAGAGGUCCCCUUCACACGCACUGGCCUCCUGGGGUUUGUGGGUCCGGGCAGUCUGGUGUUUGUCGUGGGGAAACUUGAGGGCCUGAUCAUGGUGAGUGGGCGUCGGCACAACGCUGAUGACCUGGUGGCCACGGCUCUGGCAGUGGAGCCAGUGAAAACUGUGUACCGCGGCAGGAUUGCGGUAUUCUCAGUCACAGUGUUCUACGAUGAGAGAAUUGUGAUUGUAGCAGAACAGAGACCUGAUGCUAGCGAAGAGGACAGUUUCCAAUGGAUGAGCAGAGUCCUACAGGCUAUAGAUAGCAUUCAUCAAGUGGGUCUGUACUGUUUGGCGUUGGUGCCGGCCAACACGUUACCCAAAACCCCCUUGGGUGGUAUCCAUGUCUCUGAGACUAAGCAACACUUUCUGGAAGGUUCUCUGCAUCCUUGCAACAUCCUGAUGUGUCCUCAUACCUGUGUGACCAACAUGCCCAAACCUCGACAAAAACAGCCAGUUGGAGUGGGUCCAGCCUCCAUCAUGGUGGGGAACCUGGUGGCGGGAAAAAGGAUCGCCCAGGCUGCGGGGAGAGACUUGGGCCUUAUUGAGGACCAAGACCUGAUUAGGAAGCAUCAGUUCCUGUCUGAGGCCCUGCAGUUGAGAGCACAGACCGACCCUGAACAUAUCCUCUACAUGCUGCUCAACUGCAAGGGGGUGCCAGUGAGCACAGCCACAUGCCUGCAGUUGCACAAACGGGCAGAGAAAGUUGCUGCUGCCCUUCUGGAGCGAGGAGGAAUCAACACUGGAGACAACGUGGUGCUUCUCUACCCUCCUGGUAUCGAUCUGAUUGGCUCCUUCUACGGCUGUCUGUACGCUGGCUGUAUUCCCGUCACGGUACGGCCCCCUCACCAACAGAACCUGGCUGCCACCCUCCCCACCGUUCGCAUGAUUAUCGACGUGAGCAAGGCUGCCUGUAUCCUUACCACUCAAACCCUGAUGAAAGUCCUCCGCUCUAAAGAGGCAGCUGCCACAGUCAACGUGAAGACAUGGCCUGCUAUUAUAGACACAGACGAUCUCCCCCGUAAAAGACCUCCUCAGAUCUAUAAACCUCCCACACCUGAGAUGCUGGCGUACCUGGACUUCAGCGUGUCCACCACGGGCAUGCUGACCGGGGUGAAGGUCUCCCACGCUGCUGUCAGCGCGUUAUGUCGCUCCAUCAAGCUGCAGUGUGAACUUUACCCCUCCAGACAAAUCGCCAUCUGUCUGGACCCUUACUGUGGCUUAGGCUUCGUGCUGUGGUGUCUGUCCAGUGUUUACUCAGGUCAUCAGUCCAUCCUCAUUCCUCCUGUGGAGCUGGAGAGCUCUCCUUCUCUGUGGCUGAGCACGCUCAGUCAGUACAAGAUCAGAGACACUUUCUGCUCCUACUCCGUCAUGGAGCUCUGUACCAAGGGCCUGGGCACACAGACCGAGGCGCUCAAGGCACGGGGACUGAACCUGUCGUGUGUGCGUAGCUGUGUGGUGGUGGCGGAGGAGAGACCUCGUUUGGUGCUCUCGCAGUCCUUCUCUAAACUCUUCAAAGACAUGGGUCUGUCCCCACGGGCCGUCAGCACUGCCUUUGGCUCCAGAGUCAACCUGGCCAUCUGCCUGCAGGGCACUGCCGGACCUGAUCCUUCCACUGUUUACGUCGACAUGAAGUCUCUUCGACACGACAGGGUGAGGCUGGUGGAGAGAGGAGCACCUCAGAGUCUUCCCCUUACGGAGUCAGGCACUAUUCUUCCAGGUGUCCGAGUAAUAAUAGUCAACCCAGAGACCAAGGGUCCACUGGGAGAUUCCCAUCUGGGCGAGAUCUGGGUGACAAGUCCUCACAAUGCCAGUGGGUAUUACACUAUCUACGGUGAGGAGAGUCUGCAGGCUGACCAUUUUAAUGCACGGCUGAGUUUCGGGGACCCUCACACGGUGUGGGCCAGGACCGGCUACCUGGGCUUCGUCAGGCGGACAGAGCUACUGGAUGCUAGCGGAGAUCGUCAUGACGCCCUGUUUGUGGUGGGUUCUCUGGAUGAGACUCUGGAGCUGAGGGGGCUGCGGUAUCACCCCAUUGACAUAGAGACCUCUGUGUCCCGCUCACACCGCAGCAUCGCAGAGAGUGCCGUGUUCACCUGGACCAACCUGCUGGUGGUGGUGGCUGAGCUGAGUGGUUCUGAACAGGAGGCUUUGGACCUGGUUCCGCUGGUAACCAACGUGGUCCUAGAUGAGCACCACCUCAUAGUGGGCGUCGUCGUCAUCGUGGACCCUGGUGUCAUCCCCAUCAACUCCCGUGGCGAGAAACAGCGGAUGCACCUCCGUGACUCCUUUUUGGCCGACCAGCUGGAUCCCAUCUAUGUGGCCUACAACAUGUGAGCACUGAUUUUUAAAGGGCUUCGAACCGACCUGGACACCAAAUCGGAUUCCACACCACGGAGAUGACACAGACACACUCAGCACUGUUAGGGCGCAUGUGUGUGAGUGUGUGUGUGUGUGUGUGUGUGUGGUUAUAUAGCUUGGUUGAGUAUGAAAGAGGAAGAUGACCAUGUUUCGACUUGGUCUGUAUCCCUCCCCGCUCCUCUCUCUGCCUCCCUCAUCACCUUUAAACCAAUGCACUGGCUGCAACGCAGCCGCCCUGACCAAUCAGAAUAGAUGCCACAUCUUCAAGGAGGAGACUGGGGCUCUCCAGCGUGAACAGUGCCCAGGUCUGCACGGGAAGGUGUGACCAUUUGUACACCUUCACUGGCGCUGACUUGGCAGGUGCUUGUCUGUCACUGAAGCAUAGCUUAGCUCAGAGUUUCCACAGCUCAUCCUACACCAACCAACACCGUGUCCUGGGACGAUUUUGGCGACGUAACCUUGUGCUAGCUGACGUGAUGCAAUUUCUCAGCCAGAUCUCUGAGACCCUCAUUAACAGAAUUACAUUUUCUAGUCCCGGCGGUUGAAGUUAAAAAAGUAAAUAAAGAAAUAAAGAAAUAAAUCUGGGGGUUUGCAGAGAUAGGCUGUAGGAAUGGCUUGAGAGAACUUUUGCUUAGCUCAGUUAGGUUAGCAGCCGUCUUAGAGCGUAUCAAUUCUACUGUGAAGCUUUGUGAGGGAGAAGGGGGGCUAACAAAA